AUGGCACCCAAACUGGUCUUUCCGCUGAGUAUAUCAGGCUACUCAGUUCUUCCCAUAGAUCUCCCACCAAUGCCUUCAUUUCAAAGCUCUGCGACGCACUACAUCUACCUCCGUCCACACGAACCCCGAGUCCCCGACGCAGACUCCGCCCGCUCGCUUUUCGUUGUAAAUGUUCCAGUAACCGCCACAGAAACGCAUCUGCGACAUUUAUUUGGCGCUCAAUUAUCCUCCGGUCGAGUUGAGCGGGUUGAAUUCCACGACACGGCCGUCAAAAAACCACCAACCAUCACCGUCACCCCCACCCCCGUCACCAACGCCAAGAAACGAAAACGCGAUAGCACCGAAGAGUUACAAGUAGAGCUAGACACAAUAGAGCUCCCACGAACAUGGGAUCGUGAGCUGCAUCCCAGCGGCGCACACGCCGUUGUCAUCUUCGUCGACCCGUCCCAGCAUGGAAGCCAGUCUCAAGGCGGCGAAAAGGGUGGCGAAAAAUCGCACCAAGCUCGAAUCCAGCGGGUACAAAAGCCCAUAACAAACUACGAUAUCCCGCACGCGCUGGAGCUGCUGCGCACCGUUAACAAUUACAUGAGUAUAUUUGGCAGGUUUGAGGAGGCGCGUGCGCGCGAGGCGGCGAAGGGCGCUGAGGGAGGAGGAGAUGAGGGCCUGGCGGAGAAGCAUAAGGAGAAGACUAAGGGGCUGGAGGACUUUUAUCGGUUCCAGACGCGGGAGAAGAGGAAGGAGAGGCAGACGGAGUUGUUGCGGAAGUUUGAGGAGGAUAAGAGGAAGGUGGAAGAUAUGAGGCGGAGGAGGGGGAAGGUUAGGCCUGAGUAA